CAAAAAAGGAAACAAAUUUGAAACAUUCUAUACACAAUUUGUAUUCACUUAAUACUAUAUACUGUAUUCUACUGGAUUAUUGAAGAAAUGGAGACUAAUAAUAUCGCUCGUGUUAUACUCGUUAUUUUUUCUCUAUUAGUUUAUAUUGUGACUUUAACAAUCAACGCCCUGGCUGGAUCUGGAAAAGGACCAUUUUUGCACAAAACAGGCAACGUGUCAGGGAUGUAUGAGACAGAAAUCACUCCUGCUGGAUGGACCUUUUCCAUAUGGGGACUGAUUUACACCUGGCUUCUCCUGAUGAUUUUAUAUCUUCUUAGCUGGCUCUGCAGAAGGGAUCCCACUGGAAGGACGCUCUCCAGCCUUGCUGUUCUCCCGAAUGGCUUUUUCCUCUUCUGGGUGGUUAACAUGGUUCUAAAUAGCACAUGGCUUCUUUUAUGGGACAGACAGUUGAUGAUUGCAGCGCUGAUCAUUUUAGCUCUGAUUGCAUUUACCAACUACCUCACGAUCUUCUUCUCAUGUGUGGGCUUGAAAAAGCAUGGAGCAUGGCUUAAACACAACCAUCCCAAAGAUCUCUACUGCAUCAACAUUCUGGUUCAAAAUGGUAUUGCUGCCUAUGCAACAUGGACGACAAUCGCCACGCUCCUCAACCUGGCGGUCGUGUUAAAUACUGCAUCAGUGUCACUGACAAAUGCAGCCACGGUGUCUUUGUCCAUUCUGCUUUUAGAAGUGAUUGUGUGGUUUGUUGUUGAGAACUUUGUAAUAGAGCAGCAUGUGCGCUACAUUCUGACCAUCUACCCCGUCAUCAUCUAUGCUCUCACUGGAAGCUUGAGCAAGCACUACGAUCCAGCAGCACCAAGCAGGAACGCCGUUUUUACAGCUGUUCUCCUGGCACUGGCCUGCAUUUUGCUUGGGAUUCGGCUGCUGCUGGUAAUUUGGAGGCACCAGACCCGUCCUCUCUUCCAAGAUGGGAAAUUUGAGGGGCUGAUGACUCCUGUAAGUGCCACGGAAAAGUAGCAGCACUGCUUUUGCUUUAUGGUUGAUUAAACAACACACCAAAGUCAAUUUCAGUCACUGUUGACAUGACACAGUCUUAUCCCGGUAAUGCUACAGAAGAACCUGAAAACCAUAAUACCUACAUAAUCAUGCAUGCACUAUACUAACUGUUUAUAUGCAGUUUCUCUAUUAACCAAAAACAACACUAAUAUAACUGCCAAAAAAUAGUCAUCAAAUUACUCAGUGCCAUGCAGUGCCAUGAGAAAGUAUUUGAUCAGUCUGUUUUCUUUACUUGUUUCCCACACUGAGUUGGUUGCAAUAUUUUAUUGGAUGUUGUAAAGUGUAAAAACUAAACACAAAAUUUUGGGAUGUUCAAUUAUUAGACAUAGAACCAGGUAGGGUAGAACUAAUAGACUAAUGAACUGAAUUAGGAAAAACACUGUUUAUUCAUGCUGGUAUAUGUGGUGUAUUUAAAGUACGGCAUCAGAAUGACUGUGGCCUUUAGCACAAGCUAAAACAUUUACAUUUUUCAUGCAUUUGGCAGAUGCUUGGCAGGGCUUAGAAAUGUCCCAGAAAUCAAUCCAUAUUCAGAUCUGAGCAGAAGAGGUUGGGCUGCACAAUAAUGGCUAAAUAAUGAUCAGUCAGUCUGCUGAAUAUUGAAGUUGUGAUUUUUCAGUCGAUUAGGGAACAAAAGUAAACGGAACAAAUCAUUGAGAACCUUUUGUUUUCAUAGUUUUGUUCACAUAGUAUAAAUGUUACUAUAAUAACUGAAUACUUUUUUACUUAACAAUUUUGUUUUUAAUACACGUUAGUUUAUGCUUAUAAGUGCAUGUUUUGUGUGUGCUAACAAAUGUACGUAAAUUUACAGCAGAUUUGAAGGAUAUAUAACCAAACUGAACGUGGGUGAAUGUUUCUUUUGGUUUAUAUAAAAUACACUAAACUGACUAAAGCUCAUUAUAUUUACUGUAAAUAUGAACAGUUUACAUUUAUAUCAGUUCUUUAGUUCAAUAUUAAAAUGUUUAUUGUUUAUUUGUUUACAUUACUUGUUAUGAAGAUAAAAUACCGUUGGAAUAUGAUUUUUUUUCAUAUAAAUAGUACUAAUGUUGUUGCUGUCAUAUUAAUGUGUUUUCAUAUUUCGAUCGAUGUUUGAUACAACUGUGAUAUUUCUUAUACAUUGUAAUAAAGUAACUGAACAUCA